AUGUCUGACGCUCCCGCCGCCACUGAAGCCGACAAGCUCGCUCCACCCCCUCCCAAGCCUCCUCGCAGCAACUCGUCUGCCUCUAAUCGCAGUAACACCUCUUCACGACGCGGCCAUCGCUCCCCCGGCUCAUCCGCUUCGGUAUCCCGCUCCAACUCUCACUCAUCGCAAGGCAACGGCUCAACCGCCCCUAGAAAGGGCGGCAACACCACCACCAUUAGCGGCGGCACAUCGUUGGGCGGAGGCGCAAAGACCGGCGGCGAGCACAAGCGCACCCGCACAAAGGGUGGCGCAGUCGACGCUGGAUCGCGCUCUCUCUCCCGUCGUUCGUCGACCAAGCAAGGACCCCAGCGUCCCACUAGCGCCGCCGCGGACAAGUCGCCUGCCGAUAAGCCGGAGCGCGCUGCGACCCCGAGCGACCAACCAAAGGUCCGCUCCCUGCACGCAGCAACUAGUCCCCCCAUCGACGCUAUGGAGGCUGCAGUCACAGCCGCCACGAAGAAGCAUCACGAAACCCACGGUCAAGACGCUCUCAGCAGCCUGCAACGCAUGAUCUCGGACCUCAAGGCCAUCUCUCCGUCCAACUCGAACCCGGGCUCCCGCCAGGUCAGCGGCAAGAUGUCCGAGUCGCCUCAGUCACCUGCGUCAGGCUCUGCAGCCCCCGUCGCCAUCCCCGGCGCAACGUCGCCCACUGCAACGACAUCGACCAAGCUCAAGGCAGACGCCCCGAGCUUUACGCCCGGAUCCCUCCGCACGGGUCAGUCACCGACUGCGCCGACAUCGCAGCCCCCUCCUCCGCAGGCGAGAUCAGCAGGUGGCAACACGAAUCGCCGCGGACAAUCGCAGUCCGUUUCGUACGGCUUCAGUCAGAGCUUUGCUGGGCCUGCGGGCUUCCCAGGCGGCGGCCUGCCUCACUUCCCCCUUGCCGACGUCCAACCAGGCCAGAGCGUCGACUUUUCUCAGUUCAGUCAGCACGCUGAAGUCUUCCAACAACAGCAGCAGCUCCUUGCCGCUCAACAGCUACAACUGCAGCUUUUGCAAGCGCAGCUGGUACAACAGCAGAUGGCCAGCCAGCAGCAGCAGCGAGACACGGGUUUCAUCGCUCCUCGGUUCCAGGCACUUGCUGCCCAGCGAGCAGCGCUCCAACAACAGCAGCAGCAGCAACAGGCGCAAAUGGCUGAGGCACAGCGCCUGUUUGAGUUGCAGCAGCAGCAGAUGCUUCUUGCUCAGCAGCAACCCAUACCUGAGACAGCGCCUGUGUUUGAGGAGGACUCGCCCGAGCAUUCCCCCGUUGGCCCAACCGGCCGCCCCCAGCUCAACCCCAACUUCACAUUUGGCAAGAGGCGGGAGAGCCAGUCGGACAAGCCUCCUGUCGUCGUUGACCGAAGCGCCGGUGUGGGAGGAGCUGCGGCAACCGGGCUGGCUGGUCUCGCCGCUCGUGCUCACAAGCGCAGCGGCAGUGACAUGGCACAGCAGGAUCCUGAGCAGCUCGAGAUUCAACGCCAGAUCGAGGCUCUACAGGCAAAGCAGAAGGAGCUUAUGACCCGUGGCGGCUCCAUCUCCAAGCCGAACCUUGAGGCGCUCAAGGGUCAGGCCACCGCGCGUCACCGCCGAACCCAGUCACAGAUGUCGUCAACAUCGCCCACUGCGGAACUGCAGUUUAUGCUUUCGCCGGGCGAGGAAGGCGACAAACUGGGCCGGUCGCUUCAGGAGGUCCAGAGCGCUCUCCCUUCGGCAUCUUCGCUUCCCCACAACCGUCGCCAUAGCAUGAACGUCCUGGCCAAGGGCGCCGGGACGGGGAUGGGCUUUGGCGACUACGUCGAGGACGGCGGCUCCAUCUCCAUUCCUCCUGGUGGAUUCCAGCACCAUCGCUCGGGCAGCCGCGGCGGCUUUGAGUCUGGCAACUGGCGCGUGAAUGGCGGUGGUGGUGGUCACAACGCUACGGCUGACCUCGCCUCUGCUCAGGCUCAGCUUGCCUCGCUUGCGCAGUUCCGUGCUGCUGCUGGCUCGGGCCACGCGAAGAUGGCCUCGUUCAGCUUCCCUAACAUGCUUCCGAAUCUCCUUGCUGCCACAACCCUUCAGAACCCCGCGGGUCAGUCCUCGCUCUGGCAGCAACAGCAGGCUUUCCAGAUGCAGCUGCAGCAGAACCAACAGGGCCCGCAGCGCAAAUCUCUGUUCGCCCCCUACCUUCCUCAGGCGUCCCUUCCGCCACUUCUGAGCGCUGGAAAGCUUGUGGUUGGUAUUCUUCGUGUCAACAAGAAGAACCGCUCGGAUGCGUACGUUGCGACCGAUGUUCUUGAUGCCGACAUCUACAUCUGUGGCUCCAAGGAUCGCAACCGUGCUUUGGAGGGAGACAUUGUGGCUGUUGAGCUCCUCGACGUGGACGAGGUCUGGGGUACAAAGAAGGACAAGGAGGAGAAGAAGCGCAAGAAGGAGGAGAACUACGACGUCAAGCCCUCGACGGCCAAGAAGCUUGAGAAGAAGAAGGACGACAUAGAGGUCGAGGGCCAAAGCCUCACCCUGUUCGAGGACGAGGAGGUGAAUGACGAAACCAAGCCCACAUAUGCUGGUCACGUUGUUGCCGUUGUGGAGCGCAUGCCUGGCCAGCUCUUCUCCGGCCAGCUUGGCGUUCUUCGCCCCUCUUCGGCCGCGACCAAGGAGAAGCAAGAGGCCGAGCGCCGCGAGCGCGAAGGCGAUAAGCCUAGAGACGAGAAGAAGGAGCCGGAACCUCGCCCGAAGAUUGUUUGGUUCAAGCCGACUGACAAGCGUGUGCCGCUCAUUGCCAUUCCCACCGAGCAGGCACCGCCCGAUUUCAUCGAGAACCCCGAGGCGCAUGCCAACAAGCUUUUCGUUGCCACGAUCAAGCGCUGGCCGAUCACCUCGCUCCACCCCUUUGGCACUCUUGUCGAGGAACUCGGCCCCAUCGGCGAUUCCGAGGUCGAGACGUCGGCUAUCCUCAAGGACUGCAACUUCCCUACUGAGGAGUUCAGUGACGUUGCGCUCAAGUGCCUUCCUCCUUUGCCCUGGACCAUCCCGGAGCGUGAAUUCGAGACGCGUGUGGACCUCCGCGAGGACUGCGUUUUCACUAUCGACCCAACCAACUCACGCGACCUGGACGACGCCCUCUCUAUCACGGCGAAUGACGAUAGCACGCACACCGUCGGUGUCCACAUUGCGGACGUCUCGUACUUCCUGAAGGCGAACACGGCACUUGACCGCGACGCUCGCAAGCGCGCUGCGUCAGUAUACCUUGUGCAGCGCGCCGUGCCCAUGCUUCCGCCCCUCCUGUCGGAGCAGCUUUGCUCGCUUAUCCCUGACUCUGAGAGGCUUGCUUUCUCGGCCUUCUUUGUGAUCGACAAGGACGGCAACGCUGUUGAGAAGUCUUACCGUCGCUCGAUUAUCAAGUCGUCGGCCCGACUUUCCUACGCCGAUGCUGCGGGGGUCAUUGCUGGCGGCAAGCUCGACUCGAGCAAGGUUACUGGCAAGCACUCUGCCGACAAGGUAGCCGAGAGCAUCCGUCUGCUCCACGACAUCGCGGGCAAGCUGCGAAACAAGCGCAUCGAGAACGGCGCGAUGCUUUCUGCCAGAGCGCGCUUGACGUUUGCAUUGGACGAGAGUGGCGAGCCUGUUGAUGUCUCCGUCCAGGAGAAGAACGACGCCAACAUGCUCCUCGAGGAGUUUACGGUUCUCACCAACACCUCCAUCGCGGCAGUUAUCGCCAACGGUCUCUCCGAGCAGGCACUGCUGCGCCGCCAGGAGGCUCCCAACGACAGACGCCUCGCUGCGUUUGUCGAGCGCGCCAAGGGUCUUGGUUUCGACCUCGACCCAACCAACGCUGGCACCUUGCAGAAGUCGUUCAACAAGAUUACUGACAAAGAGGCCGUCUUCUGUCUCAGCCUUCUUGAGAAGAAGACCAUGCAGCCCGCGCGCUACUUCUGCACCGGCAUGUUGGACAUUGCCAAGUACUCGCACUGGGCCCUUAAUGCGCCUCUUUACACGCACUUCACCUCGCCGAUCCGUCGCUACGCCGACGUUUUGGUCCACCGCAUGCUCGACGCCUGCCUGUCGAGCCCAUCCCCCAACGACGUCAAGUUCCUCAUGGACCGCGACCAGGUGGCCAAGUGUGCCCAGCAGUGCAACAUGAAGCGUCAAAGCGCGCGUCUCGCCGAAGACCAGUCGGCGCACUUGCACCUGUGCAUCCUUGUCAGCAACUUGUCGGCCAAGUACGGGCCUGUCGUGCGCCAUGCGCGCGUCACAGGCGUGUACGACCAGGCUUUCGACGUUGUGAUUCCCGAGUUCUCCCUCGAGAAGCGCGUGCACCUCGACAAGCUCCCGCUUGAGACCAGUGUGUUUGACGAGCACACCAAUCUGCUUUCGCUGUACUGGAAGACACAAGACGUGCUCUCGUUCCUCACCCAGUCGGCCGAUGACGAGCACCUGCUCAAGAUCAAGCAGCACACCGAUGGCCGCGCGUCGGGUGCGUCCACCACGCGCACCACCGAUGCCUCGGCUCUGCUCGACGACAGCAACCUUUCCUCGCAGGUUCAGAAGAGCACGAGCCGGGCACCGCUCGAGUUUGAGGGCUUGCGCAAGACGGACGCCGGUCACCGCAUCCAGGAUAUCAAGGAGUUCAGCUCGCUCCCCGUCAUCGUCACCGCGGACAUGUCCAAGAGCCCUCCCGUUCUUGUGGUUUAUGCCUGCAACCCCUACGCAGCCUAG